CAAUUAAAAAAUGCUAUAAAUGGAUGUUUUUUUUUCGUUUGGAAUUUUAAAUAUGCCUUUAAACAUGUAUAAUCUUUCGUAAACAAAAUCACAUGGAAUGCAAUCACACACAAGUUGUAUCAGCUAUUAGUUGUUUUUUUUUUGUGUGUGCUUUUAAAAACGCCUAUGUUUCAUUGUGAAUAAUAACAAUUUACAAAUCUAUCUAUAUGGAGCUGUACAAGAAUCUGGUUUUACUUCGAAAACUUCCGCUCACGAUUGAAUGUACCUAUUCAUAUGAUGACUAUCUGUUGAUAGGCACUAAGGAAGGACACCUUCUCAUGUACAAAAUUGAUCUGAAACUUCAAAGUCCCACAGAAUAUGAAUUCAAAUUGCAUUUAUUGCGUUCGGCAAAACAAUUUAGCCGAAAACCAAUUGUCCAGAUUGAAGCUAUACUAGAAUACCGCGUUCUCGUAUCUUUGUCCGAUCAACUCAUAAGCAUACAUAAUUUGGAUAAGAUUUCCUUUCCAUUUCUGUCUUCAUUGGCCAAAAGCAAAGGAGCAAGCUACUUUUCAUUGGAUAUCAGCAAACAACAGACACUGUCUGGCCAGAUUCAAUCGACCAUACGACUUUGCGUGGCCGUCAAACAUAGUUUACUUUUUUUCUAUUGGAAGAACAAUGAAUUCUAUGAGCUUAGACCUGCCAUUAAAUUGCCUGAUAUGGCUCGGGUUGUAAUCUGGGUUUCCAAUCGAUUAUUUGUCGGUCUUCGUAACCAGUAUAUUCAAGUGGACAUUGACACCGGUACGGUGACCAAAAUGUUUCCAGUUACAUCCGAACCAUUGAUUGUACCGUUAAUUGCCGAACGCAAUCUGGCCAUUUGCCGAGAAGACAAGACUUACAUAUUCGAUUAUGAAGCUCGACCAUUACUUGAUUGUGCCAUAACAUGGACCGAUCAGCCAUUAUCCAUGACUGAUGAUCUGCUCUUCCUGGUCGCUAUCGAAACCAACUCAUUGGUCGAAGUUUUGACUAAUACAUUACGUGAUGUGAUAAAAGAUCCAUUUUUGCAGAAGAAUGACCUCUCUUCGCAGCUAACAAGACCGCUAAAAGCUAUUAGCAAAUGGUGCAAUAGACCCGGUCAAUUAGUUCUCCAUUCUGACAAUGAUAUUGUCAUGAUGAAAAUUGUACCCAACGAACAACAGAUUCGAAUUCUACAGAAUGCCAGACAUUUCGAAUUGGCCAUCAAGAUGAUUGAAUAUUACAAUAUGGCUAACAACAAUAGCUUGAACGAAUUCGACAACUCUGGUCUGAUGGCUGGCGAUGAAUAUGAUCAAUUAAAGCUGAAAAUUCGAAAAUUACAUGCUAUUGAUUUGUUCUCAAGGUUCAAAUUUAGCGAAGCUAUAUCUCUAUUUCAGACAUUGAAGACUGAUCCUUCAUUUGUCAUUGCUUUAUAUCCUGGUAUAUUACCUGAUCGAUAUCGAAGUCAAUUACUAACGAACGAACCAAUCGUUCAUACUCCACCACUUGAAGGUGCUAUUUUGGAACGAGGUCUAUUGACAUUGAUUGAAUAUCUAGUCGAAAUACGGCAACGAACGCAAAAACAAAUUAGUCAACAACAGGAACAGAAGCAAUCAUCAUCGGCAACCAACGAUCUUCGAAAACUUUAUGAACUUCUUAGUAUAAUCGAUACAAGUCUAUUGAAAUGUUAUCUGCAAACCAAUGAAUCGUUGGCUGCAUCAUUGCUACGAAUCGAUAAUCAUUGUCAUCUCGAAGAAAGUGAAAUGGCUCUCAAAAAACGAGGCAAAACCGCCGAAUUGAUCAUUUUGUACAAAACGAAAGGCCUACACAAGAACGCUUUAAACAUGCUACAGCAUCAAGCGCGCGAUGGUGCUGCAAAGAAUCCAGCCCAAGCUCGUAAGCAACUUAUACAGUAUCUACAAGAACUGGGUAGCGAUCAUAUGGAUCUAAUAUUUGAAUACUCUGAAUGGAUACUUCGACAAUAUCCAGAAGAAGGUAUGCAUAUAUUUAUUGAUGAUGUCUAUGUCUACUCACAAUCGGCGGCCUGGCCGAAAGAUGACAUUGUUCAAUACCUGGAAUCGAUCAAUCCAGAUCUAGCACUCACCUUUCUAGAUCACUACAUAGAAAAUCUCAAAUGGAACGAAACCUCCACCAAAAUGAUCGACACGCUCAUCAACAAGUAUCGGGAUUCUAUACGGCCAUUGAUUGCUCUAUAUCGGGCCGAACUUCAACAACAAGGCCACAAUGAUAACCUUAUGGAGAUUCUCAAUACUACUUAUGAUGACGAAAAAGACGCAGAAUAUCAUUAUUUGAGGCCUGAACCUGCCGGUCAAGAACCUGGUAAACUGGGCCAACUAAGGCGUAAAUUAAUGCACGUACUUGAAAUAUGCGAUUAUUACACAAUGGAAACGCUGUCUGCUUAUCUAUUGCAUGAUGGUCUUUUUGAGGAACGUGCCAUUGUACUUGGAAAGAUGGGUAAUCACCGGGAAGCAGUAAUGAUCUAUGUGCAUAUACUUAACGAUCUGGAAAUGGCUGAACAAUAUUGCUGGAAACAGUUCCAUCGUGCAGCCCAUUGCAAAGGAGCAGACCGUCGAGUUUUUUACUAUCUGUUCGAACAAUGUCUUCGUAAACCGAUGCGAAAUGAGUUGUCUAAAUACUUGAAUGAUAAUACCGCUAUAAACACAUUCAACAUGCCUUUAUUGCUUCCAAGUUCAAUCCAUGCUUUCCUAAAAGAUCCACGUAAUCAAUCCAUUCUAGAUAAUCUCGAUCUUAACGUACGGAUUGCAAUAGCCAUAUUAGCCCAACAUUCCACACGAAUUAAUCUGAUUGAUGCUAUCGAAUCGCUUGAUGAUCGAUUACCGUUACAAGCACUUUAUUUAAUUCUACCACCAGCUAUACAUCAUCUUUCUAGUAACCAUAAUCAUAGUCGUAUGCUGAGACGAUUGCUCAAAUCACAAAGACUCAAAGUACAUCAACGACGAAUUCAAGUGGAACAAGCUAGCCGUGUCAUCAUAACCGGUACGGAAAUAUGCCAGGCUUGUAUGAAACGUAUCGGUAAAAGUGUCUUUGUACGUUAUACAAACAAUGAUCUGGUUCAUCUUGGAUGUCGCGAUGGAUAUGAAUUAAUGACCCAUUCUAAUCAUUAAUGCUGAAAAUCUUGUUAAUUGUUGUAGGCAUUUUUGGCUGUAAAUAUCAUCUAUCUCAUCUAUUCAUCGUCGCCUUUAUGUAUUUGAUUUGAGUGAUAUAUAAUUUUUAAAAUUUUGU